AUGAAGCAAAUUCAUUCUCUUGUAAUCACCAAUGGUUACCUUAAUUUUCACAAACCAAAUAAUUCAUCAUUUUCAAACCAUAACAAAUGGAUGCCAACACUUCUCUACAAUGCUUUCAUAAGAACCUAUCAUGUUCACAACCACAAAAAGGUUCUUGUCAUUUUCACUCAAAUGCUUUCAAACCAAACAUCACCCAACACUCACACUUUCCCUCCUCUCCUUAAAUCAUCACCUGUUUCUUUUGUUACACCAAUCCACUGCCAAGCCCUCAAACGUGGUAUCUUGUCUGACCCUUUUGUACUCACAACUCUUCUUGUAGUUUAUGCAAGAAAUAGUCACCUUGUUUAUGCACAAAAGGUGUUUGAGGAAGUUCCUCACUUUUGUAUUGUUGCUUCCAAUGCAAUGAUCAAUGCUUUUUCAAUGAAUGGUAACAUGAAAGGUGCUUUCAAGCUUUUUCAAUUGAUGCCUUACCGGGAUGUUGUUUCGUGGACAACUAUGGUGAAUGGUUUUGUUGUGAAUGGGGAUUUUUAUGCAGCAAUUCGGUUUUUCGGGAUGAUGAUGACUCAUAAGGAUGUUGUGAAUUGUUUGGUGAAACCGAAUGAUGCUACUUAUGUUAGUGUGCUCUCCUCAUGUGCUAAUUUAGAAGGAAAAGCUGCUCUUGAUUUUGGAAGAAAAGUUCACGGUUACAUAGUGGUGAAAGGGGUUGACUUGGGAGUUUUUGUGGGAACUUCAUUGAUAAAUCUUUAUGGAAAAAUGGGGUGUUUGAACUAUGCUGUUAAUGUUUUUAGAGUAAUGGUUGCGAGAGAGGUCUGCACUUGGAAUGCAAUGAUUUCUUCACUGGCUUCCAAUGGUAGAGAGAACGAGGCUCUGGAUUUGUUUGAAAAGAUGAAGAAGAUUCAAGGGUUAAAACCAAAUAGCAUUACCUUUGUGGCAGUUCUUACGGCAUGUGCUCGUGGAGGAUUCGUUAGGGAAGGAUUGAAGUUGUUUGGAUCAAUGUUGAGCGAGUUUCAAGUAGUGCCAAUAAUGGAACACUAUGGAUGUGUGGUUGAUCUUUUGGGAAAAGCUGGUCAUAUACAGGAAGCAGCUGACAUCAUAAGAAAUAUGCCUUUUCAGCCCGAUGAAUCUGUAUUGGGUGCCUUUUUGGGAGCAUGUAGGAUUCAUGGAGCUAUUGAACUCGGAGAAGAAAUAGGGAAGAAGUUGCUUAAAUUGCAGACGCAACAAUGCGGGCAAUACUUGUUAUUGUCUAGCAUGAAUGCGGAGAAAGAACGAUGGGAUCAUGCUGCUGAUCUGAGGAAGGAAAUCGUGGAGGCUGGAAUUCACAAAGUUCCAGCAUUUAGUACGGUUCAUUUGGCAUAA